AUGCAACAAGGGGGGAGAGAUGUAUUUGUGACGAGAGGCUUUGACACUUGGAGUAAAAAGAAAUCAUUGAAAGAUCAUGAGGGUAAAGUUGAUAGUCGUCACAACAAAGCAAAACAAAAGUGUGAAAAUCUAGUAAAGAAAAACCAAUCUAUUAGUGAAGCUUUCCAUAAGCAAACCGAAGUUGAAGCGAGUAACUAUCAAAUUCGAUUACGUGCUACAAUUGAUACUUGUAGAUUUUUAUUGAAAAAUACGUUACCAUUUCGUGGUCAUGAUGAGUCAGAUGGCUCUCUUUCUAAGGGUCUUUUCAUUGAACAAUUAUCAUUCCUUAUGGACCAUAAUGAAAUCAUUUAUAACGUUACUUUACAAAUCACUCCAAAAAAUGAAAAAUUGACGUCUCCGAAGAUUCAAAAAGAAAUUGUUCAAUGCUUUUCAAAAGAGAUAAUAAAGUUCAUUUGUGAAGAAAUUGGUAAGGAUGUGUUUGUUAUAUUAGUAGACGAGUCUAGUAAUGUAUCAAAAAAGGAACAAAUGACUAUGGUUUUGCGAUAUGUUAAUAUCCUUGGAAUUGUGAAGGAAAGAUUUGUUGGAGUUGUGCACGUGAAUGAUACAUCUUCUUUAACUCUAAAAGAAGCCAUUGAUUCAGUAAGAGGGCAAGGAUAUGAUGUAGCAAGUAAUAUGCAGGGUGCAUUUAACAGUUUGAAAGCAUUGAUAUUGAAAGAUAACCCUUCGACAUAUUAUGUACAUUGUUUUGCACACCAACUCCAGUUAGUGGUUGUGGCUGUAGCAAAGAACCAUGAUGGUGCUGAAGAUUUCUUUGAGCAAUUAGCUUUGGUGGUUAAUGUGGUGUGUGCUUCUUGUAAAAUAAAAGAUAUCAUACAGGAGAGUUACAAGGGAAGGGUUCAAAAAGAAAUUGGUAAUGGUGAAAUUGACACCAGAAGAGGUUUAAAUCAAGAGAUUUCUCUUGUUAUAGCUGGAGAUACAAAAUGGAGUUCACAUUAUAAAACAAUAACAAGUUUAAAGAAUCUAUUUCCGGAGGCAGUCAAGGUUCUUAAUUAUGUUCAAGGGGAGGGAUCUAGUUUACAUAACCAAAAUCAAGCGUACGGUAUUUUGUCAUAUUUCAAGACACUUGAUUUUGUGUUUUAUUUACACUUGAUGUUGGAGAUUUUUGGUCUCAUAGAUACCUUGUCAAGACAUCUUCAAAGAAAGGAUCAAGAUAUUUUGGAAACGGCUUCUUUGGUGAAAGUGACAAUGAAAACGCUAAAAGCUUUAAGAAAUAAUGGAUUUCCUUCAAUAUUGGAGAAAGUAUUUUCUUUUUGUCAGAAACAUAAAAUUAAAAUUGUGGAAAUGCCUGAAUGUUAUGUUACUCCAAGAAACCGUAGGACCAAGAUUACUAAUCAACAUCACUUUGAAGUUGAUAUUUUCAAAACGGUUUUGGAUAUGCAAAUUCAAGAGUUUGGGAACCGUUUUAGUGAAGUGAGCAUCAAUUUGCUAGAAUACAUGUCGGCUUUGAGUCCUUGUAAUGCAUUCUCUAUGUUUGACAAAUCAAAGUUGGUGAAGCUAAGUGAGUUGUACAAAACGGAUUUUACUGCUUUAGAAAGGGUGUAUCUUGAUGGUCAACUUGAAACCUAUUAUCACUCUUUGAUUGAUGAUGAGAGAUUUGCUAAUUUGAAGGGCAUUGCGGACCUUUCUCGUUUGAUGGUGGAAACUGGAAAACAUUGUUCUUUUCCUUUGGUUUAA